AGUUGAGGAGAAGCCGCCGCCGGUGCCGGGGAAGGGACGGCUUGCUCUCGAGCUGGUGGGCAGCCCCGGCAGCCCGGAAACGGGCGUGAGGAGGGCGCGAACUAACAUCUCCAAGGAGUCAUCUACUAGCUCGUUCGCUAGUGAUCUUACAAUCUCUUCCUCUACGCCAACAGGAGCCAUUGACAAGCCCAAACAUAAAUUACUCAGCAAUGGAACGAAAAACACCACUUUAAAAAGGGUCUCGUUUGGUAGCUCCAAGGGGUCCAUGGUGGAGACUCUGAUCUACGAGAGUCCGCUGCAGGAGGAGCCUGAAAGCAGCCCCCCUCCCAAAGUCCAGGAGACAGCUUUCCCUUACACCCCCGUCGAAGACGAUUCGGAGAAAGUCCGAGUAUCGUUCUACCAAGGGGCGCGGCCGCAGUGCGUGUCACCUCCGCCCGCCCAAGACACGCACGUUUUGUACGCGGCACUACUCUCAGCCGCUGCCAACGCCGAUAUGACUGACCACGUGUACAACAGACAGAACAGUACGGAGAGGGGUUGGGACAAUCCUUUUCGACCUGAUGGUGAUCUAAGUCGCGAAGCUGAUGAGAUCGUAUCCCUGAUUAAAUGUGGCAAGCCUAUUACGCCCACGCCCGCGUCUGCGCCACAGAUACCCAUCUGCGAGGAAAAGGAGGAGGCGGUACAUGCGAAUAAUGUCAAUGCGAAAGCGCCGCCGUCGCCGCAGACAAAGGUGGCAAGUCCCGUGCAACAGAACACUCCCAAAGUGAUGAACGGCACCAAGAACGGCGCCGUCGGCCCCGGACCAGUGGAGGUUCAGCGCUCGCCGCCCGCCGAGCCCCAGCAGCCGGAACACGUCACCAUCAAGAAGAAGCCCAAGUGCAAAUGCUGCGUGAUCCAGUAAGCACAUCUCGAUUCUCCCCCUACAUGCUACGAGCCAGGCGCGAGUCCACAAUUUGGUUUAUUGAAAAGGGAGCGCAAUCUAGCUCAUUUUAUCUGUUCAAAAAGACGUCUCAACCGAAACUGCUAAUGCCAUUAUAACGCUAUGAUAAGCUCAAAAGAAAAUUUUCACCAUAUUACGAGUAAGGGUUUGGUGCUCUCACAAGAAACAAUUCAAAGUUACUUUCAAAUUCCAGUUUAUUCACAUUCUGCUCUUUUAUAAGUUUUUUUUACAGUUACAAUGAGGUGAAGAGUAUUGAGAAAUUAUACUAUAAUGGUAAUGGUUUGCUAGGAAUUAAUACUACCUCUCUUUGUUUUAUUCAGUGUCUUGUUUAUUUCAUCUAAUUUUCCUUUAAUUUUUUAUUCGGGGCUUAAUCUUUCCGAUAAGUCUGGAAUAAAAAAUGUAAAAAUUUAAGUUUAUCCAUAGGCUUAAAGGUACUUGCGAUUAUUUGGAGAAUUGCUUUUCCCCUAUUUCCCAAAUGGAAACGCGCCUGCCACGAGCUAAACAUUCAUUCAUACACCCGAAAUAUUCUGUGUUCACCCAUCAUAACUAUCAUUAGAUUGGCUCUCAUACAUUAUUCAAUUAUAUUUCAUAAAAUGUUUCGUUGAUAUAUAAUGAUGAUUUCGUUUUGCUCUUCUGUUAAGAUUGUUUUUAUUAUUAUAUUAUGCUAAGUUUUUAUUGAACUUUAGGGUACAAACUUAAAAGUAUUUAUUUUGUUUAGAUUAUAGUCUGAAGUUUUUUGGAUGUUACAUUUCAGACGUAAGUAUUUGGUAAACAAUGACGAGCGCGUUAUAAGGUGCAUGUGAUGUUUAAGUAAAAGUAAAGAAAAUAUCUUGUUUUUUUUUUCACCUAUGAGAAUCUCGGCAAAGUUACGGUAACAUAUUAAAAGCUUUUAUAUUAUGAGAAAUUUUUUACAUUUAAUGUGACUACAAAAUAAUUCUGCCGUUCUGCUCAUUUCGAAUCAAUGAUGCAUGUAAUAAUUUAAUAUAAUGUUAUUUUAAAGUUAAAUCUGAGUUGAAUAAUGUUUAUUGACAUAAUUUAAAUGUAUAUUUUUAUAUCCUUAUUUAUGACAAAAGAAAGUAUUAUUAAUACAUACAGGAUGUUUAUUGAAAUAUUGCAAAUAUCAGAUGUUUAAAGUAUGUGGAACUACACUUGAUCAUGUGAAACUGGAUUACGAAUGUUAGUUCCCCGUAGACACACAGACGAUUAGGUCCCCAUUGUAGAGUCCAACUAAAAAAAUACUAAUACAGUAUUCGGUACGACAUUCAAUCAUAGACAUAAACUAAAAAAUAUUUGAAAAAGUAUAAAAAAAAGAUCUGUAUAUGCUUAUGUGAC